GUCUGGGACCCAGUUCCCACCUUGCAUGAGAGUAAAGUAGACUACAAGCGAAAAAACAUAUUUUCUUCGCGUUCAGCGCCAAACUCAUCACAUUUUCUCGCCAACCAAACACCAACAUAACCUUCGAUUCCAUCUUCUCUCUCUCUCUCUCUCUCUCUCUCUCUCUCCUGUUACCUCUCUUGAUCUCGACGGACGGACAGAUUCCGAUGGUGAUCGACUUGAGAACGUGCGCCGUGAUAGGAGGCAGGGGCUUCAUCGGCCGAUCGCUCGUCCAGAGGCUGUUGAAGCUCGGCGAUUGGAUCGUCCGAAUUGCCGAUUCCGACGAGUCACUCAAACUCGACCACUCCGAGGAGAAUUCUCCUCUCUCCGAAGCCCUCUCUGCUAACCGCGCUUCCUACUUCCACGUCGACGUUCGCAACAAAUCUCAGUUAAUCAAAGCUAUUGGAGGUUCCUCGGUUGUUUUUUAUGUUGAGACUACUACCUCGCUCACAGAUGAUUUCUAUGACUGCUACACACUGAUUGUUAAAGGUGCAAAAAAUGUCAUCAAUGCUUGCCGAGAGUGCAAAGUCAAACAGCUAAUAUACAACAGUACUGCUGAUGUGGUUUUUGACGGUCUGCAUGAUAUACAUAAUGGAGAUGAGUCCUUGCUGUAUGCUUGGAAAUUUAAGGACAUGUUGAGUGACCUAAAGGCUCAAGCAGAGGCGCUGGUCCUGUUUGCUAAUGACGUUGAUGGCCUUCUAACAUGUGCACUUCGUCCUAGCAAUGUAUUUGGACCUGGAGAUACAGAGAUCAUUCCAUUCGUAGUGAAUCAAGCAAAAUCUGGUUGGGCAAAGCUUAUUAUAGGAAGUGGUGAAAACAUAUCUGACUUUACCUAUGUGGAGAAUGUUGCCCAUGCCCUUAUGUGUGCGGAAAAAGCUCUUGGUUCUCGCAUGGUUUCUGUGUCUGGAAAGGCAUUUUUCAUCACAAACCUUGAGCCAGUGAAGUUCUCUGAAUUUGUGUCCCUCAUAUUGGAAGACUUGGGUUACCAAAGACCCAUGGUAAAACUUCCAGCUAGGUUGGUCAAGUGUGUUGUAUCGCUUGUGAAAUGGGUGCACACAAAGACAGCCUCUGGAAAACUUAACCAUUCUAUACCACUUCAUAACGUUGUUAAGUUGGCCUUGUGCACGAGUACAUUUAGCUGCUCUGCUGCCAAGAAACAUAUUGGAUACUCACCAGUUGUCUCCUUGGAAGAAGGUGUCACGUUGACAGUUGAAUCAUUCUCUCACUUAGCCAGGGAAUCAUCCUUUGGAAGACGGAUCAUUUCUGAUGGACAUACAAAAGUGGAUAAGCUGCUAGGCAGUGGGAUAGUUGCAGACAUUUUGCUGUGGAGAGAUGAGAAGACCACAUUUGCAUGUUUUCUUGCUGUGGCUCUGCUGUAUCACUGGUUCUUCUUCUCUGGACGAACUUUUAUCUCGUCUGCAGCAAAGCUUCUCCUGCUUGUUACAGGUGCUCUAACGGGAUAUGGCAUUUUGCCAUCAAAUAUAUUUGGCUUCAGCAUUCCACGGAUAUCUGCAUCUUCUUUUGAAAUUUCAGAAGUUGACAUGACGAAUUCAACUAGAACGAUAGUACAUAUGUGGAACAGAGGGGCUCAUGUCAUAAAAGCAUUGGCCCAGGGAGAGGAUUGGAAUCUUUUCUUCCAGGUGGCCGUUCCACUCUAUUUUCUCGAGUUGAUAGUGUCCCGUUACUUAACAGCAGCUAUUGGUGUAGGAGUUGUCCUCGCAUUCAGCAUGUUCUUUGUUUAUCAGCAAUAUGAAGAAGAAAUUGAUGGAAUUGCUAAGGUUUUGAUGAUUACUACGAAGGAAGCCAUGGGAUUGGUGAUGAAUAAUUUGCCUGCUCCUCUGACCUCGUUUCUUCACAAGCCCAAAGAAGAUGAAUGAAAAUGACAGGCGGGCAAAAGAUCGGCGAUUUGACUGGUUGAAGGAAGUUCGAUUGCAGCAGUAAAUAUUAGACUUUUUCAACUGAUGUAAGUUCUUGUACAUGCUAUAUCAAUGGCCGACUACUCGAUUCAUUGAUCUGAAUACUGUAGUCCUGAGUUGAGAAGAAAACCCAUGUCCUGGAUGUAACGCCAUGCAUCAAUUUUCUAAACUGCAUGCGCGUGCAAAAUGGUGUUUUCAUCCUUUUGGUACAACUCUGGUACAUUGUUUUCAUUCAAGCCUUUCAUCUGCUUCUCUUUGAUGGAAGUUUUAUUUUCCUAGAAUGUAUCUUAGAAUAUCGGACCUAUCAAAUCAAAGUUAAGAAUUGUUGUGUUUGCUC